CUGACUUUGUUUUCCAGCUCACUUCAGCCUCACUCGUCCCUUUCUUCGCUCGAAGAGCGCAAAACCCAGCAAAACCCCUGCACGACGAACCCUUCCCCAAUUCGAAAUUAUACCUCUGAUUCUGUGUCAAGCUUUGAACCAUCGCAUCCGAAUCCUUGUGUUCUUCCUCCUUCGAAUUGUUCGAGUUCCCUUUUCAGCAACUGGUUUCGGAGAGCCCCCGCCCCUUCCGUCUUCGCCAUAAUGACCGACCUCAACGACGAUUCCAUUCACAUUGAGAAGCUCUACGAGUUCGGCGAGCGCCUCAACGAGGCUAAAGACAAGUCUCAGAAUGUCGCGGAUUACCAAGGGAUUAUUGAUGCCUCCAAGACUAGUUUGAAGGCGAAGCAGCUGGCGGCACAGCUCAUCCCGCGCUUCUUCAAGUUCUUCCCUGAACUCUCUAACCAUGCUGUUGAAGCUCAUCUGGAUUUGGUUGAGGAGGAAGACCUUCGGGUGAGGGUACAAGCAAUUAGGGGUCUGCCGCUUUUCUGCAAGACCCCUGACUAUCUAUCCAAGAUUGUGGACAUUCUUGUUCAACUACUUACGGCAGAGGAAGUUGUAGAGAGGGAUGCCGUGCACCAGGCCCUCAUGUCCUUGUUGAGACAGGAUGUUAAAUCUUGCCUUACUGACUUAUUCAAACACAUUUGCACCAUUGAUGAACAAAGUGCAGAGGACACUUUCCGUGAGAAAGUUCUCAGCUUCAUAAGAGACAAGGUUUUCCCACUCAAAGCUGAACUCUUGAGGCCUCAAGAGGAGAUGGAACGACAUAUAACUGAUUUGAUUAAAAAGAGUUUACAAGAUGUAACUGGUGCUGAAUUCAGGAUGUUUAUGGAUUUCUUGAAGAGUUUGAACAUGUUUGGGGAUAAAGCUCCUCCUGAGCGCACAAAAGAACUUGUUGAAAUCAUUGAAGGGCAGGCUGAUCUAGAUACACAGUUCAAUAUGAUGCAGGUUGAAGAUGGAGAUCAUAUCGAUAGAUUAAUUGCAUGCCUUUACAUGGCAGUUCCAUUCUUUUUGAGAGGUGCAUCCAGUUCCAAAUUUCUCAACUAUCUGAACAAGCACAUAAUACCCGUUUUCGAUAAGCUUCCUGAAGAACGAAAGCUUGAUGUACUUAAAGUGCUUGCAGAAAGCUCUCCGUACACCACUCCUCAAGAUUCUCGCCAGAUUCUUCCUUCUGUUGUUCAACUCUUGAAGAAGUACAUGCCACGAAAGAAGACGGGAGAAGAAACAAACUUUACAUAUGUCGAGUGCUUAUUAUAUGCUUUUCACCAUUUGGCAAACAAGGCUCCGAAUGCCACAAAUAGCCUAUGCGGUUACAAGAUAGUAACAGGCCAGCCCUCAGAUAGACUUGGCGAGGACUUUUCUGAGCUCUACAAGGAUUUCAGUGAGAGGCUGACUAGUGUGGAGGAGCUUACUAGGGCUACAUCAAAAAAAUUGACUCAGGGAAUGGCAGAGCAUAAUAAAGCUAUGUCCGCAGCUAAGUCAGAGGAAGCCAAGGAUGCAAUUAAAAUUCAGAAGCAAAAGGCAACAACUGGAUUGAGAACCUGCAAUAACAUUUUGGUGAUGUCAAAGCCUUUGCAUGCAAAAACGCCUUCAUUCAUCGGAGAUAAGAGCAUCAACCUUUCUUGGAAAGAAGCAAUAAAACCUUCAGUACCCUCCAACCCCGCUGCAACUGGAGGCAAACGACCUUCAACAGCUCUUAAUGGAUCAGGGAACCUAGCAAAGAAGGGGCGUGGUGGCGGGGGCACGCAGAACCAACUCGUGAAUCGGGCUUUCGAAGGCAUCGGUAGAGGCAACACACGCGGCAGAGGCAGGGGUAGGGGCUGGGGUGGCCGUGGAAGAGGCAGAGGAGGUUUUUGGUAGACAUGCCGAAUGAGAAGUGACACACGUAGGGAGAGAGUGGAUUGGGCGAAACGACACACAAGCAUGGUAAAGUUGGUUCGACUACGAGUCAUUUCAGAACUCGAAAGAGGACUGUUGGAAAAGCGUUAUAGCGGAACCAAGAGGUAGUCCUCCACAGAUCUCACCCUCUUGAUGUAUCGCCGCCGAUCUUAAUUCUUGUGGAGGCUGUUCGUUGUGGAUUGAAUUUUGGACAAAAACCACCUCCAAGUUCUAACCAGUUAGACUUAGUCGAGUCUGCGUUGUUGAUUUGUAGUUUGUGAUCUCACACGUUGAAGGCUGAAACAGAGCAAAACUAUUUUUAGAUUGUUGUAUUCAGUUAGAUAAAAGUAAACUACGCGGUUAACCUGAUGGAUGUGGUUUGUAUUGAGGUUUUGCUUGCUUUUUUUUUUUUUUAUGUUUCUACUCGAGAUUAAUUUGUACUUGCAUGCAAAACCCCAGCUUGGAUUCUGUCAGGUU